GAGACACGUCCCGUCCCGUCCCGUCCCACCCUGUGCCAGCCAGCUCCCGACCGGCGCCCGCCCCGCGGGAUCUUGUCUAAUAAUAUACCGUGCGCGCGGGAGCAGCAGCUGGUUCGUCGUGCCCGCGCGCUCACUGCACUCCGUGAUCACCACCACACCGCUAUCCUGCUAGCUAGGUAGCUGAAUUCGGAGCCAGGCUCGAGCGAGGGGAGGGCGGAGGCGAGAUGGACCACGCGGCGGACGCGCACCGGACGGACCUGAUGACCAUCACGCGGCACGUGCUGAACGAGCAGAGCCGGAACCCCGAGUCCCGCGGCGACUUCACCAUCCUGCUCUCCCACAUCGUCCUCGGCUGCAAGUUCGUCGCCUCCGCCGUCAACAAGGCCGGGCUCGCCCAGCUCAUCGGGCUCGCCGGCGAGACCAACGUGCAGGGAGAGGAGCAGAAGAAGCUGGACGUCCUGUCCAACGAGGUGUUCGUCAAGGCCCUCGUCAGCAGCGGUCGCACCUGCGUCCUUGUGUCCGAGGAGGACGAGGAAGCAACGUUCGUGGACCCUAAGCUGCGUGGAAGGUACUGCGUCUGCUUUGAUCCCCUCGACGGCUCCUCCAACAUCGACUGUGGCGUCUCCAUCGGAACGAUCUUUGGGAUUUACAUCAUCAAGGACAAGGACAACGUCACUCUGGAGGACGUGCUGCAACCUGGCAAGAACAUGCUCGCCGCCGGAUACUGCAUGUACGGCAGUUCCUGCACGCUCGUUCUGAGCACUGGAACUGGUGUCAAUGGCUUCACGCUCGACCCUUCACUUGGGGAGUUCAUACUAACCCAUCCAGACAUCAAGAUACCUAAGAAGGGGAAGAUCUAUUCAGUCAACGAAGGGAACGCCAAGAACUGGGACGCGCCUGUUGCCAAGUUUGUGGAGAAGUGCAAGUACCCCAAAGAUGGCUCGCCACCAAGAUCUUUGAGAUACAUUGGAAGUAUGGUUGCUGACGUGCACCGUACCUUGCUAUACGGCGGUGUGUUUUUGUACCCUGCUGACGAGAAGAACCCAAACGGAAAGCUCCGUAUCCUGUACGAAGUUUUCCCCAUGUCGUUCCUAAUGGAGCAGGCAGGAGGCCAGUCCUUCACAGGCAAAGAACGGGCUCUUGAUCUGAUCCCAACCAAGAUCCACGACAGGUCCCCGAUAUUCCUCGGAAGCUACGACGACGUGGAGGAGAUCAAAGCGUUGUACGCCGAGCAGGCGAAGUCGAGCUCGGCUUCAUCCUAAGUGAGGGUGUAAAUCGACUUUUCCUGGCUUAAUUUGUUGCUUACCUGAUUCAGACAUUCGUUUCCGUUUCCCUUGGUGUCGUCGUAAGUGUGACAUUCAGUGCAAUAUGUAUAGCAACUAAGGGACUCCGUAAAAGUUACAUGCAUCUCUAGCACCUAAAGCAUUGCGUUAUAACCAACCUAAAAAGAGGUGAUCAGGUGUCAUAGAUGAUGAAACUACUGUCGCAGGCUCUGCAAAAAUGUAUUGCGCAUAGAGAUCCCUGCAAAAAAAAAAUAUGGCCGUGUCAUAAAUUGUUCGAUACUUGGAAGACCAUAGUCGAUCCUGUGUGAUGUAAGGCCUGAAAACGCUCGAGUUGGACACUGACAUGGAGUGCUGGAUUAUGGCAU